GAGACAUGGAAAUGGAUUGUUUAAAGGCGUUAGUGCAGGUAGUAUAUAAAGGUGAUCUUUUUCUUGUGGUCAAUUGUUUCAACUGUUAUUUUCAAGACAAUAGACGCAACAAUCGUUUUUAAAGAUGAACGUCUUAGUUGGUUUAUUGGCUUCAUUCGUUGUGGUGCAAGCAGCACCUCAUAUCGGACAUUACAGCUAUCCAGCCGCUACAACUCUAGUCAGGGUACCAGAACACGAUUCGGCAAUCGUACAUUCCAAUCGCUUUGGGUCCAAUUUUGCCUAUAGCAUAGCCCAACGACACGCGUAUCAAGUAGUUCCACCAAACACUGUCGCAUUAUAUAACCCUCAUCCAUUCGGCUAUUCGCAUCACCAUCAAUUCAAUCAAUUCCCAUUCGGAACGGCUGUGCCUGGACAUCCUUUCUACAUUCAACAUCCAUUCGGAGUUCCUAGUUUUGUAUCUGUCGUUUAUCCGAAUGAACAGCCGACGGAUUAUCCGGACGUAGAACAAGUCGUACCGAAUGCAGACAGUGAGCCAACUGAAAACCCAGACGCGGAAAGUGUUGUGGUUGAUAAUGCUGAUAUUGAUGCAACAAGAGAACAGAGCACCCAGGAAAAUACUGACAAGCUUAAUGGUGACGAUGAUGGUAGUGAUGAUGAUAGUGUUUCGGUGGAGGCGUAUCGAUUCGGCGGUGAUAAUAAUUAAUAGAUGCCCUUUGUUCAAUGUAUUCAACGAAAAAUCCGUGGCAAUUAGAAAAACUGUGACUCCUAUAAUAUCAAGUUGUGUAAAAUAAAUUUUAUCAUUCGA